GAGCACGGAGCCCAUUCAUGAUCCAGCGAACGGGGCCGGUGGCAAGUAAAGCGGAACCGGUGCCCUGUAAAGCGGCGCCGGUACCGCCGUCAUGGAGACAUCGGGGCAUCUCCACGAUUCGGGCGUGGGGGACUUGGAGGAGGAUGGUCGGUGUCCCUGCCCGUUACCGGGGGAUGAACGGUCACCGCCGCCGCCCUCCGCGCUGCCGCCGCUCCAGCACAGCCUGUUGCACUCCUCGCCCGGGUCGUUACGGGCCCCUCCUCCUCCUCCCGCCGCCCCCGCCGCCCUCCACCCUUCCUCCCGCCACGGCAGCCAGCUCAACCUCGGCGGCGACCACCCAGCGGGCUCUGGGGUGGCUAGCAGCAAACACCGGCAGCCCAGCCCUUUGGUUCACCGGCGGGACAGCAACCCCUUCACCGAGAUUGCCAUGAGCUCCUGCAAGUACAGCGGGGGGGUGAUGAAGCCCCUCAGCCGACUCAGCGCAUCCCGACGGAACCUCAUCGAGGCCGAGCCGGAGGCACAACCCCUGCAGCUCUUUGGUGCCGGUGAACCCCCUGAAAUUGUUGUCUCACGCGAGGACAACCAUGCGCCCACCACCCACCGUCCCACCCGCACGCCCGCCCGCCCGGCCCCCACCACUUUUGCCAAGGGGCCCAAGCGCAAGGCACAGAACAUUGGCUAUCGGCUCGGGCACCGCCGGGCACUGUUCGAGAAGAGGAAGCGCCUCAGUGACUACGCGCUCAUCUUCGGCAUGUUUGGCAUUGUCGUCAUGGUCAUUGAGACUGAGCUCUCCUGGGGGCUCUACUCCAAGGACUCCAUGUUCUCCCUGGCCCUGAAAUGCCUUAUAAGCCUCUCCACCAUCAUCCUGCUGGGCCUCAUCAUCGCCUAUCACACACGGGAGGUGCAGCUCUUUGUGAUCGACAACGGAGCUGACGACUGGCGGAUAGCGAUGACGUAUGAGCGCAUCCUUUACAUCAGCCUGGAGAUGCUGGUUUGUGCCAUACACCCCAUCCCUGGGGAGUACAAAUUUUUCUGGACAGCUCGCCUGGCUUUCUCCUACACACCAUCUCGGGCAGAGGCUGAUGUGGACAUCAUCCUGUCUAUCCCCAUGUUCCUGCGCCUCUACCUGAUUGCUCGGGUGAUGCUGCUGCACAGCAAGCUCUUCACUGACGCCUCCUCACGCAGCAUUGGGGCACUCAACAAGAUUAACUUCAACACCCGCUUCGUCAUGAAGACACUCAUGACUAUCUGCCCUGGGACCGUGCUGCUGGUCUUCAGCAUUUCCCUCUGGAUCAUCGCUGCAUGGACAGUCCGUGUGUGUGAGAGGUACCAUGACCAGCAAGAUGUAACCAGCAACUUCCUGGGUGCUAUGUGGCUCAUCUCCAUCACCUUCCUCUCCAUCGGCUAUGGGGACAUGGUCCCACACACCUACUGUGGGAAGGGAGUCUGCCUGCUCACUGGCAUCAUGGGUGCUGGAUGUACAGCACUGGUGGUGGCUGUGGUGGCCAGGAAGCUGGAGCUCACUAAAGCUGAGAAGCAUGUCCACAACUUCAUGAUGGACACACAACUGACAAAGCGGAUCAAGAACGCAGCGGCCAACGUCCUGCGUGAAACGUGGCUUAUCUACAAGCACACCAAGCUGCUGAAGAAGAUCGACCAUGCUAAAGUCAGAAAGCACCAGAGGAAAUUCCUACAAGCCAUCCACCAGUUACGGAGCGUGAAGAUGGAGCAGAGGAAGCUGAGUGACCAAGCCAACACCCUUGUCGACCUCUCAAAGAUGCAGAACGUGAUGUACGACCUCAUCACAGAGCUAAAUGACCGCAGCGAGGACCUGGAAAAGCAGAUCAGUGGCCUGGAAUCCAAGCUGGAGCAGCUCAGUGCUAGCUUCAACUCCCUGCCCCUGCUGAUGGCUGACAUGCUGCGCCAGCAGCAGCAGCGCCUGCUCACCGCCGUCCUGGAGGCCCGGGGGGUUGGUGUGCCAGUGGGCACCCCCCAAACUCCUCUGUCUGAGAGCCCCAUUGGGGUCAGCUCCACCUCCUUCCCCACCCCUUACACAAGCUCAAGCAGCUGCUAAAACACAGCCCCUCAGCCCCACCGCGGACAGGGGAAGCAUUUCCACAUAGAUCAUGAGGUCUCUGUGAACUUUCUUCUGGUCCUUGAACCGCUGCAGGACCCUUCAGCUGGAGACAGUGGGACCAGCAGUGCCGAGCAACGCUCGGAGCUUUGCCAACGCCUUGGUAUCGGGAAUUGCAUCCCUGUUCAGGUGCCUCUACACGUGGUGAAGGAAGGGGACAGAAGGUGAUGCCUUGGGCCAGCCUGUGCCAUGGCGUCCGGUGGCAGACGGAAAACCCACGCUCAAUCUCAGGUCUUCACAUUUGAAAACAAAACAAAACAAAACACCAAGUCAGAAGCACUGAAGCAACAGAGACACCGGAGGGAGAGUUCUUCUCCCUGGGGCACUCCCCUCGUGCCCUGCCCCUCUUACAAUUGCCAAACCUCGCCGGGCAGAUGCCAGUGUGGGGAGGUUCGUUAUGCAGGCUCUGGCUGACGCUGCCUAUGCUCCAUUCCAUCUCCUUGCCAGGACCCACAGGACAGCCCCCUCACACUGACAGCUGGGUGACCAUGUCUGACUGUAACCUUCCUGUGGAGUUCUCUGGAGCUGUGAGUGUUUUCUACCCAGAGAAGAACAAUGGACACUUCUCUUUCUGGUCCUUAGUGUCGUAUCCUGCCUGGAGACACAUGCCAGAGCCAGGAAAGCAGUGCCUACAGCGUGCAGGGCCACGCAGAGCUGCCCCCAGCCAAUGUGUUGGUGGCCAGUGAUGGGGCUGGCAGGCCAGCUCGGGCACUGAGGGAGUCUCCAGGUGCUCACAUCACUGCCUGCUGGGAGCCUCCCAGCAUUUUGCAAAGCCAGUGGACUCUGUGCAGCAGUCUCAGAAGUGCUGGAUGAACACCCCAUCAGCUCCAACUGUCUCCACUUGUGCUGGGAACAUCCAUGCUUGAGCCCAGCUGGCAAUGUCAAAUCCACCAGGAUCAAGCAGGAGCUCACUGGCAAGUGAUGUGGUAGCAGGGGCAGGUGCUUCAUCUGUUUAAAACAAGGCCCAUCGCCUUCAUGCCACUUCUGCUGGGUUUGGUGGAGGGCAGCAGCACUCUCUGGCACCGUCUUGGCAAUGGCACUGCUGCCCAUGCCUGCCAAGGUGCAGACUCCAUUUUACUUUUUUGCUGGUGUUCAGCUUCCUGAGGUACCCUUGGCAUCACCUGGCUGCUUCUGGAACCAGCCACUUUCUGGUUUGCUUUCACCAUUUCUCCCUUUUUCCUCUUCAAUUCUUCCCAAUGUCAUGUUCUGGCUUUCCUGGAUCCUUGCGUGGAGCCAUGCCAGGCUAUGACUUUGGGGUUGGUGUUUGCUGCUUUCCAUGAAAACUCAGCAGAGAGUAUUUAUACAUUUUUAAACAGAUGAAGUAACUAUGUAAUUACUCUGCAAUAUUAAUUACACCUCACCCAGCAGUGUCAGUAAUUGUAAUCAGUCACUGUGUUACUCCAGGUAUACUCAGCCUGUACCGCUCUCCUUUGUAACUUUUUCCCUUCCAUAAAUAAUGCUGGAUUUUGUGCACAUGUAGGGGUAGAGACACACCACCCUCCUGCACCACCACCCCUACACCCCCAAUGCUGAAUUUCUUUGCUGCCAGUGGUGUGAGGUGGUUUCACUCCUUGUGCCCUGCAGCUGGAGUUGCUUAGAAAAUAAGCAGUAGUUAGUGAGGAGUACUGCCCCCACACUGGCCCUAGAAGGAGGAGGAAGGAUGCAAAAUUAGUACUGCAAAAUGAGAUCCCUGUGCUGCAGAGGUGUUGGUAGCAGGGGACAAAUACAGUCAUCCCUGUUGCCUUCAGGUAGGCAUGUGCCCAUUGCUGCUGGUGCUUGGCAAUGGGAGAUACCUGGCUUCUGGGAAUGAGCUGCUCUUCCAAGCUCUUGUAAUCAGUGUCAUUGAUAUCCCAUGGAUGGCUGGGGAUUCACUGCUGCCUUGGGAGCUCCCCAUGAUCUAUUCUCAGCCCACCUGCUGCUCCUGUAUGCCUGUGGGUGCCUCCCUGUCCAUCUUGCCCAGCAGAAGGUCCUGCUGAUCUCUGUCAGGAGUUCCCAGCAUAGCAACGGAGAAUAUGUUAGAAAUUCUGAGAAAGAGCCUGAAAUGCAGCAUUUUCCCUAGCCUGCAGGCAGCUGGUGGAGAAAAAUGCUUUCAGGGCCUCAGACCGGAGCAAACUGCCCAUGGAAUGGUACUGUGCAUGGGACAAGGUGUGAAGACGUGUCCGAGGGCAUCAGAGAGCCAGAGGAAGCAUUGAUUCUUCAAUAUUGCCAGCAGGAACCCAGGAACCUCCCUGCUAGGCACAUGACCAAGUCUGGGAAAUCCAACCAAGUGAGACAAGAGCAGGUGCUGUCAGCUCCAGGCCCCAAGUCUGGAGGUGGUAAGGACCACAAUGAGAGUGUUGGGAUUGCAACUGGAGCAAGAGACCCUUGUUCUGGGGCAGAGCAGCUGCUGCUGCACUGGGAUAUCAACAGGGCUGGGGCAGUGGAUCCCUGCGCACCCAUAACCUUCCUCCCCUGGCCUCAUCUCAGCACAACCUGCACUGCAACAACUCUUCUGCCUGAGACCUGGCAGCCCAGGUUCUGCACCCCCUGCCCUGCACCUUGCACCCUGCAUCCCACACACCCCCACACCCCUAUCUCACCCCCACCAUUCCACACCCCUGAAUGCCCAUCCCAGUCCCCAAAGCCCAUAUCCCACCCCUUCACCCACCCCCCUGCCAGUUCUUCAACACUGGUACCAGUAGCCCUGAUCCAUUGCUGCCAGCACCGGACUCCACCGUGGCCAGGACCAAGCCUAACCCCACUCCAGCCCUGCUGCCAUGACCCCAGAGGCACCUGAGGCACAGUGGGGCAGGCAUGGUGAGGAGCCCCCAGUGCAGCCCAGCCCGGCGUGCCCACCCAGAGCCGCUCCCUAAUGGCAGCUCUUGGUCACCAGCAGUCUUGGUUGGCACAGCCCCAGUGAACAGCUCCAGUAAAUGCUCCCCAGCCAGUCCUGUCCACACACCUGAGAUGAUCCUUUCGAGUACCCUAAGGGACAUCGGGACAAACAGAGAGAAGAGCCAAGAUCAGCAACCAAGGUGGAGGAAGAGCACAAGAGGAAAAUCCCAGAGAUGCCGACCUCCUGCAAGCUGGGAAGUAUCUGAUCCCACAGUUCAAUGGGGCCAAUCCCCAAUGCCCCUCCAGGACCCACCUAACCCAGUCAGUCCCAUUUUUGGCACAGUCUUGGGGGCUUUUUUUGCUCCAUGCCUCUCCUUCCUGCUCUGCCUGCAAGGAACUAUCCUAGGAAUACCAGAAAAAUUCCACGAUCUCUCUGCAAACUCAUGGAUGUUUCUGUCCAGACUUAAGGAGCUUUGACCUGGGUUUGCAUCUUGCCUCUGUACUGCUCGCUUCUUUUUUAAUGAUAGGGGAAAGCAUAAUAGUUUAUUUUAACUAUGAAAUAUAUUGCUAUAUUAUGAUGGUUA